AUGGAGCGCAUCAUGGGAGGAGGUGUGUUUCAGAUGGUUUUAGCUAGUGCCGGACUCUUGCUGCUCUAUCGGAUCCUCGUGCGCCUCACCCGGCACUGCUUGCAGGACGCUGUGGUGGUCAUCACCGGGGGCAGCUCUGGACUGGGGAAAGAGUGUGCCCGGCUGUUUCACGCAGCAGGUGCCCGUCUGGUGCUGUGCGGACGAGAUGCAGGCCGCCUGCAGCAGGUGAUCCAGGAGCUCACCGACAGUUCAACAGGAUCACAGCGUCAGACCUACACCCCCUGCAGUGUGACCUUUGACCUGGCUGACACGGACACUGUGGACAGAGCUGCAGAGGAGAUCCUGAAAUGUUACGGACACGUGGACGUCCUCAUCAAUAAUGCUGGAAUCAGUUACCGCGGCAACAUACUGGAUACUAAUCUCUCUGUUCAGCGGGAUGUGAUGGAAACAAACUACUUUGGGCCCAUCGCUCUAACUCAAGCGCUCCUGCCCUCCAUGGUUCAGAGGCGCAGCGGCCACAUCGUCGUCAUUAGCAGCGUCCAGGGCAAGAUGGCCAUUCCUUACAGAUCUGCAUACGCGGCCUCUAAGCACGCCACCCAGGCUUACUUCGACUGCCUACGGGCCGAGAUCGAGCGCUACGGGACAGUGACGGUGAUCAGUCCCGGGUACAUCCGGACCAGCCUGUCCCUUAACGCCGUCACAGGAGACGGAUCCAAGUAUGGAGUUUUGGAUAAAACCACAGCGUCGGGUCGGGACCCCCUGGAUGUGGCCCGGGCGGUUCUGAGAGCGGUCCGUCAGAGGAGCAAAGACGUUGUUCUGGCCGGUCCUCUGCCUAGUCUGGCCCUCUACCUCCGCACUCUGUGGCCCGCACUCUUCUUCAAACUCAUGUCCUCUCGCGCUCGCAAGGAACAGAAACCUAAAGACGAGUGAUGGAGGAGAGGAAGUGGAGCGCUCACCACCUAAAGGGAGUGAUGGAGGAGAGGAAGUGGAGCGCUCACCACCUAAAGGGAGUGAUGGAGGAGAGGAAGUGGAGCGCUCACCACCUAAAGGGAGUGAUGGAGGAGAGGAAGUGGAGCGCUCACCACCUAAAGGGAGUGAUGGAGGAGAGGAAGUGGAGCGCUCACCACCUAAAGGGAGUGAUGGAGGAGAGGAAGUGGAGCGCUCACCACCUUGUCACUACCCGAUCCGUCCCCCUGCCCGAUCGGUACUGCGCAUGUGCGAGAUGGUCCGCCAUAUUGGACACAGUGGCUUUUAGCAAAGCUCAAAAAGAAAACGAGAGAGAGAUGAGUUAUUUUUAUUACAACGUGACUUCACUAUUAUUUAACAACUCUUUUUAUUGGGUUAUUUUAUUUGGGGUUAAGUACAUUGUCAGAAUAAGUGUGGAAUGAAUUUAACUUCUGUUAGACAGCCAUCAUACUGAAUAAAUAUUUACUGUGAAUGUGUGCAAAAAUGUAUGGCAUAUAGCUGUCUAACAGAAGUUAAAUUCAUUCCACACUUAUUCAGCUCUUUCAGACAUGAAGACACCAGUUUAAAAGUAACACUCAUACUGUCACGACUCAAGCUUUGCUGGAAAGACGGUCAGUUUGUCAUGCUGUGUUUCCAAAAUGCUUUAACUGAUCUAUUUGAGGACCAAAACUGUUUAAUGUGUAAUUCUGUCAGGUAUGGGGAAAAAAUACUGUCAGUGUCCGAGAAUGACUACUUUUUCAAUUGUUUCUGUGUCCAACUCAACAUCAGCAUUACAAACCACCUUUAAACUAAAUAAAGAGAACAGAUGAGAAUUAUGUUGCAAACAUUUCUUUUAACUGCUUUCCAUCUCGUUAGCAGAAACCAGUUUAGGAGAGAACCUAAUCUACUAAAAUACUGGAUUUGAUAAAAGUGUUUGAGCUGUUUUGGCAGAUGAUCUACUCACAGCAGCGGCAUAGAUAUCACAAAGCACACCUUGUUUCUGGGUCAGCUUUACCACCACUGUAAAUGAUUCUCUAAACAAAGUUAUUUUAAUACCUGCAGGGGAAGGAAAUACUGCUUAUCGCUGACCGGAGGAAAGAAAGCUUUUUUUAUGGUCGGUUUGAUUUCCUGUUAUGGUCAACGUGUUUUUUCAGCUAUGUUGUAAUACUUUAUUUGAGUCACGUGAGUAGCAGCACAUCCUCUGUGUUUCUGUGCAGUGUAUUUGUGUUACAAUAAUUAAAGGAGCUCAAUUAUUCUCA